AUGAAAAAAAUGAUACUUGAAGCUUUUUCGCAAAAUGUGCCUCUAAGUGAAGUAAUGCGUUGUGCCACAAGAGAAUAUGUACAGCGGCACAAUGAGCCCUGUACUUCCUCGGAAGCUUUGAGAAGAAGUAAUACAGACAUUCAUACUGAAGUUAAUCCUCACAGAUGCGGACAUUGUGGUAAAACGUAUGCGACUAAACUUGCUCUUAAUAGGCAUGAAAGAACUCAUGCAAAUGAAAGAAAUGAAACUCAUCCAUAUCAAUGCGACUUAUGUUAUAAAUCAUAUACUACAAAAAGCGAUCUAAAAAGGCACAAGAGGACACAUACAGGCAAUAAACCACAUGUCUGCAAGAUUUGCGGCAAAGCUUUUUGUAAUAAAUGGGACCGAGACGUUCACAGAUUUAUACAUAGCGAUAAAAGGCAGUUUGUGUGUCCAGUCUGUGGCAAGGACUACAAGCAAUCGAAAGGACUUUAUAAUCACAUGCGAAAUAAGAAUCACAAAGGUGAUAUCAUAGUAAAGAACAAACCGCGACUGACAAUGGAAUAA